CCCGUGCCUUGCUCAGCUCCAACAUGGCAAAAAUCCCCAGCCCUACAGAGACUGCAUGGUGCAUUAAGUCCCUGAUUGCUGUUUUCCAGAAGUAUGCUGGAAAGGAUGGUUACAACUGCAAUCUCUCCAAGACGGAGUUCCUAAGCUUCAUAAAUACAGAGCUGGCUGCCUUUACAAAGAACCAGAAGGACCCCGGUGUCCUUUACCGCAUGAAGAAACUGGAUGUCAGCAGUGAUGGGCAGUUAGAUUUCCCAAAAUUUCUUAAUCCGAAUGGUGGCUUAGCUGUGGCUUGCCAUGACUCCUUCCUCAAGGCUGUCCCUUCCCAGAAGUGGACCUGAGGACCCCUUGGGCCUGGCCUUCAAACCCACCCCCUUUCCUUCCAGC